AUGUCACCGACUGGUCGUGCACCGACCCUCCGAAAACGACAAUCCCUUCUCAUUACAGACCUACAAUCACAACUUGACCGAGUGGCCGCCGAAAAUCGAAACUUACAAGAUGCCCAACUCCGAGCCGAACACGGCAUUGAGGAGGCUCGAGCGGAAGCUGAAGCUGGGGCCGCCGCCAUUGCGCGGGUGAAAGAGGCGGUAACAGAGAGGGAAAUACAGUUAAGGUCAAAAGAGGAGGAGCUGGUCGAUCUUAGGUCGAUGGUGGAUGAGUUCAAGGAGGAAGUGGAAAGGCUCACAGGAGACAAUGAGGACUUGGCCAUUGCAAACAGAAAUCUUGCGGAGGAUGUCAAUGGUCGCUAUGCGACUCUCCAGGAAGAGACCAGACAGAAGGACAUGGAAAUCAGGAAGAUCAGGUCGGAGCAUGCGGAGCUUACGGCAGGGAUGGCGUUGGUUGUUCGACAACAGAUCGACUCGGCCUUGGAGCAAAAGGACCAACAACUGGCAGAAGUGCAGGCGGAACUGGAUCAAGCAAGGGAACAAGUCAGACAACUUCAACACCAGUUGCUCAACUCGACUCAAACAGAAGACUUCCUCAAGGUCCGAGAUGAUGAUUACUUCGACAUGGCUUGUCAGCAGCUCUGCGACCAUGUCCGAUCAUGGGUGAUGAGGUUCUCGAAGAACUCUGAUACAAGACAAUGCAGGUUAACAUCGGAUCUACGCGACGAACGGCUCGAGACAAGAGUCGACAAUGCCGUUCUCGAUGGAUCCGAUGUCGACAUCUUGCUCGCAGAUCGGGUCAAGAGGCGAGACGUCUUCAUGAGCGUUGUGAUGAGCAUGAUUUGGGAGUUCGUAUUCAUGCGAUACCUCUUCGGGUUGGAUCAGUCGCAACGAAAGAAACUCAAGAGCCUCGAGCAACUGUUGACCGAAGUCGGUCCUCGAAGCGCCGUCGCUCAAUGGCGCGCAAUUACACUCACCCUUCUCGCUCGUCGACCCGCGUUCAUCUCACAACGCGACCAAGACACAUCUGCUGUUGCAGGAGAGGUCUUCUCAACCCUCAGCAAACUCCUCCCGCCACCUUCGGAGAAGUCCAUGCAACUUCAAGACUCUCUUCAAGUCGUGCUGCGACUCGCUGUCGCCCUUGCCAUCGAGAUGCGGACGCAGCGAGCUGAAUACAUCAUGCUACCGCCUCUCCAACCAGAAUACGACACUCACGGCGAUCUGAAAGAGAAGAUCCGAUUCAAUGCUGCGCUCAUGAAUGAGCGGAGUGGAGAAAAUGCUAGCAAUGAUGACCUCGAAGCUAGGGGCGCCGUGGUCAAGAUUGUGCUUUUCCCGCUCGUCGUCAAGAAAGGAGAUGAUAGUGGGGAGGGCGAAGACGAAAUCGUCAUCUGCCCAGCGCAAGUGCUAGUGGCUCGUCCGCCAACCGGGAAGAAGGUUGUCCGUAUGCUCAGUACAGUGAUGGACAUCGAUGCGCCGAGUGUCAGUGCUAUGGGCGAAGGAAGCAUCGCAUAG